AACAAACAUUCAAGUUACGGACGCCGUUGGACAAAAUUGAUUGUCAUGAGUUUGAUUGAAUUCCAUAAUAAGUGUAGUUGGAUUCAUUUUAAAAUACUUUUUAAACAGUUUUGGGAUAAAUGGAUACUGAAAAACCUCGUUUUCAUGCUUUUAGAGGCUAUUAUAGAUUUCUUGUGCUGUUUUUUAAUUGCUUGCUCACAUUUGGGUCCUAUUUCUGCUUUGAUAUGCCAAGUGUGUUACAGGAAAGCUUUACAGGAAAGUAUGACAGAAAUUGCACAAAUAAUGUAACUGUAUGCAAAGAACAUCUUGGUUUGUCAGACACAGAGUAUAAUCUACUUUACACAGUUUAUGCUUGGACGAAUGUUUUUGUUAUGAUUGGUGCUGGUGUUUUAAUUGAUAAAUUUGGUCAAAGAGUAGGUGCAUUGCUUUUUUCAACACUUUGUGUAAUUGGUUCAAUGACUUUUGCAGCUGGAUAUUUUUUUAAAGGAAAAGAUGCUAUGUUUGCGUUAUUUCUCCUUGGUAGACUCAUUUUUGGUGCUGGAAAUGGAUCCUUGACAAUUGCUCAGAGCAAAAUAUCAGCAUUUUGGUUUGAAGGUAAAGAAUUAGCUUUUGCGUUUGGUUGCACAUUGUCAGUUUCAAGGCUGGGUAGUGUUUUUAAUUUUCUAUUCACAGAAUCUUUUGCAAUGAAAAAGGGUUUAAAUUGGACAUUGUGGGGAGGUUCUUUUUUGUGUUUAAUUGGGUGGUUCAGUGCCAUAAUAAUAUUUAUACUUGACAGAAGUGGACAAAGACAGCUAAAUCAGGAACAAACUAUGAAGGUUGCAAACAAAAAAAUGAAACUUGGUGACAUUCGCAACUUAAAUAUUCAGUUUUGGCUUCUUGCUGUUACAACUAUGUUCUUUUACAACACUUUUUUUCCUUUUAUUGCUAAUGCAAGUAAGUUUGUUCAUGAGAAAUAUCAUUACAAAGAUCAGAACUCUGCAAUUAUAGCUGGUUCAGUUUAUGACAUUUCAUUAAUCCUUACGCCGUUACUUGGAAUAACAGUGGAUUACAUUGGUUAUCGAGGUAUAAUGGCAUCUGCAUGUGCAGUGUUUACUAUACCUGUUUUUUCUAUACUUGCAUUUACUGAAUGGCAUCCAUUGAUUGGAACUCUGUUGCUUGGUGCAACAUACUCAGCUGCUGCGACUAGCUUGUGUCCCUCAGUUCCAUUAGUUGUUAACCCUAUUUUUCUUGGUACAGCAAUGGGUUUGAUGAGUUCAAUGCAAAUGAUUGGAAAUGGUUCUUGUAAUUUAGUGGUCGGAAGCAUUCUUGAUAGCUAUAAAAAAAAUUCCCACAAGUGGAAAUUUGUUAUGUUAUUUCUAUUUGCAAAUGCUUUGGCAUGUGUCUUGUUGUCUGUUAUUCUAAACAUUGUUGAUUUCAGACGGAAUGGUGUUUUAAAUAAGACAUCAAAGCGCAAGAAAACAAAAAAAGCGUACUUAUUAAAUGAUAAGGAAGGUCUGAUUGCUAAUGAAGCACGCAACGGGGCAUCAAAUGGUGAUGCUGAAUGCGAGAAGAGUUGCUCUGCUUAAGAAACGCUGAAAUUCUACUGUUAAAUACUGUUGUUAGAUCGGUCUUAUCUUGGUUUUACUUUUACCUACAAUUAUAAGAAAUUUUAAUAUAAAAGAGUUUUUAUAUAUUUUAUAUAUUUGUAAUAUGAUAAUAAUUUUUUUAUCAAAAAAUUUUAUAAGUAUAUUUUUUAUUUGUAUCAUUA